UGCUGCUUUCCGCUCAUUGAAAAAGCUUGUGCCUUUUCCUUUUUGAGCCCACUUCCCAAGUCCCAAAGAACACCAAAAGCGCUUCUUCUUCACGGAUUGCCCGCUCACUGAUUUGCCCUUUUCUUCAAUCCCAUUGCCACUCCCUGCUUCUCUCUUUCUCGUGCGCGCCAACAAUGUUCUCACUUUCGCGUUCGCUCUCUCAAUCUGCCACCAAUUUUCCCUCUGUUUCCACCGCUUCAAUCCCCUUUAAACCCACCUCCCAAUCGCCCCAUUUCCCCACUUCUUCCCCCCAAUCUCCUCCUCCCCUCUUCGUCUCUCUCCCUCGCCGCGGUUCCAAGUUCAGUUCUUCCGUAAUGUCGUCCAAUUCCCACUUCUCUAACGAUGUCGACUCUGCCAUUGACGUGGGUUUCGAGGGCCACGACCUGGACCGCUUUGCGGAGGUUGCCAAUAAGGUCGCGGAUGCUGCUGGGGAAGUGAUUCGGGGAUAUUUUCGCAGGAAAUUUGAGAUCAUCGAUAAGGCGGAUUUCAGUCCUGUGACUGUGGCUGAUCAAGCGGCAGAGGAAUCUAUGGUUUCAGUUAUAUUGGACAACUUUCCUUCUCAUGCUAUUUAUGGUGAGGAAAAGGGAUGGAGGUGCAGAGAGAAUUUAGCAGAUUAUGUUUGGGUUUUAGAUCCGAUAGAUGGGACAAAGAGUUUUAUUACUGGAAAGCCCCUGUUUGGCACUCUCAUUGCAUUGUUAUAUAGAGGGAAACCUAUUUUGGGCGUCAUUGAUCAGCCAGUUUUGAAGGAAAGAUGGAUAGGGUUAAGUGGAAGGACAACUACAUUGAAUGGUCAGAAUGUAUCCGCACGAUCUUGUUCAGACAUAUCAAAGGCCUACUUAUAUACUACAAGCCCACAUCUAUUCAGCGGAGAAGCAGAAGAGGCAUUUGCUCGUGUGAGUAAUAAGGUAAAAGUCCCCCUGUAUGGUUGUGACUGCUAUGCGUAUGCACUUCUGGCUUCUGGUUUUGUAGAUCUUGUGGUCGAAUCUGGUCUCAAGCCGUAUGAUUUCCUGGCUCUUAUACCAAUAAUCAAAGGUGCUGGGGGUGUAAUAACUGAUUGGAAAGGGGAUGAGCUUCAUUGGGAAGCCUCUCCCAAUUCCCAAGCAACAAGUUUUAAUGUGUUAGCAGCUGGGGAUAAAGGUAUACAUCAACAAGCGCUUCAUUCAUUAAGAUGGCUCUGAGAAUACUUACAAGAGAAGGAUAAUUCAAUUCAAAGCAUAUCUAGUGCAGGUUCAUCUUUAUCAUCAUGUGUUGUUAGUGUCUAUUUAAAGUUCAAUUUUAAUACAAGGAGCAGAUCUCUCCCUCCUCUCCCCUUCAACAUCCUUCAUGUUAAGAUAGGGGAGACAACAACUCUCUUUUUCUGGAGUCUACUGCUUUUUAACAAAGCCAUUAGAUGUUAAUAAAUAAUUGAAAUUGCCACCCAAAUGGAGAUCAUGUUGCAUACUGUUCCUUUGUAUUCCCUUGAAUUGGUUAGUAUUGAGCACUUCUGGGAGGGAAUUGCAGUUUCAGACCAUGUUGAUACCCAAUAUGGAGGAAAAACUGAAACAGGAGGAAAUUAUCUUAUAACAAAUCAUCCACAGGAGCAAGAAACUUGAAGCUUUUUUCUUCUUAUGUUGGUCAACUACCUCUUUUGUACCAUGGGGAAAGUGGAUUUCCUUUUAUUCUAUACAAGUUAAAGAAUCUAAAAAGUA